UCCGCCGAAUGAAAAUAGAAAAUGUACGAAAUCACUGAAUAAUAAAUUUGCACAGCAACGAAUAAAUUUCACAAUAAUGGAAAACCUGUUGUUCAACACACUGGAUUACCGAGAAAAGAUUAAACACACUCUCAUGCAGGACAUACGAUUGCGUGUAGAGCCAUCGGUGACACAUAUUUCGCCCACAAAUGAAAGGCGACCUAUACAAUUAUUGUCACAAAUAAGUUUAAGCAAUAGCAACGAUGUUGGAGGACAUCAAUUGAAUCGGGUGCAGCAGUCUCCCAGUUCCGAAGAGGACAAUUCACCCACCGAAAUGAACAAUUGUCGCCGCCUAGUGGAUAAGCCGCCUUUAGUGAAACGAUUAACUAUGGGCAUGGGUCUGUUGCGUGCUACAGAAGAAAGUCGCCCAUUGGUAAACACAACAUCGUCAUCGAUAAAUUCAGGAUCGUCUCAAACAAUAUCAGAUGGUUACGUAAACGAGGCGAUUUGUGAGCCAGAGAAAUUAUUACCUAGCCGUUAUGCGGACUCUUACGGACAAUCUUUGUCAGUGCUUGACACCGCCCAGCAAUUUACCGAUCGUAACGAAUUUAGUUAUAAAAAAAAGUACUUCAGAGAAACCUGCAGUGCCAACUCAAGCCCGAAGCUCUUUCCAUCUGCCGGCUCGAUGUGUUUCGAAGGCUUAAGCCGGACAGAACAGAAUGAAUUGAAAGGAGCUCCUUGGUUUCAAGCUGGCAUUCCUAGAGAAAUAUCAUUAGAAGUAUUAUCGAGACAAAAUCCCGGAGCUUUUUUGGUACGUGAGAGUACAACCAAGCCGGGCUGUUUUGCUUUGUCUCUGCGUGUACCUCCACCAGCUCCUAAGGUUGCCCAUUAUUUAAUUUUAAGAUCUCAAAGGGGCUAUAAAAUAAAGGGCUUCACAAAAGAGUUUUCUUCACUGCGCGCCCUCAUAACACAUCAUUCCGUAAUGCCAGAACUGUUGCCGAUCCCGCUGACGCUGCCACGUCCGAACACAAAUAGUACAGUUUCUCUUCAAAAUGGAAAUGAAGACUCUGACACUUACGGUUCGCUAAAUGAUUUCCGCAAAAUGAUGACAGACUGGAACGUAUGACUUGAAAGCGAACGCCUUAUUAAAGACCAUUCUUGAAAGUGAAUUUACUUAAUAUUUUACUUAAUUUUUCGAAUGUCGUGAUUAGUUUAUAGAAAAAUGCUAAUACGCAAAAGUUUCCCGAAUUCUCUCUGUCGUACAUAUCAGUUAUCCCCAAAAAAGUAAUUGUCGAUUUUAUAUAUAUAUAUAUAUAUAUAUAUAUAUAUAUAUUCUGAAAUUGUACUCUCAAAUAAUUACUUUACUAAGCCAUUUAGUUUUUGCAUUUGAAGCAAUAAUUGUCACAGCGUACCUCGUUUGUGCUCGCAUCCGGUUGUCAUAUGAGUUUGAACGGAGAAGCGAAAUGUCCAGAAUUUAAACAAGUAAAGACACUCAAACAAAUGGAUAUACUUUAAAAUUUUUACAAUUCGACGAAAGCUUUUUUGCUUACUUGGAAAUUUUUGUACAAAUUUACAAACAGAUCAUGUUACUACCUACCAUGUCUUUUUAUUAAAAAUGUGAAAAAAAAAAUUUUUUUUUUCCUCUUCAUAUCAUUGUGCGAAUUAGUGUUACUAUUAUUAAUUAAGUUCACCAAGUGCAAAAAGAUCCAUAAAUACAUCUAACUUAAUCUUGUGAUAAACAAAACAAAAAAACAAAAAAAAAAACAACAAAACUAUGUUCAUCGAAGACAAAAGUUUUUAUACCUAUUCAUUUGUCAAUCGAGUAUAAAUGUAGUUUCAAAAUAUCGCUUAGAUAGCUUCUUCUUUUUUUUUUUUUUUUAUAUAAACAUCAACUGUAUACUAAGGUAUAAUAGAUCUGUAGUUACCUUUAUAAAACUCAGAAAUAUUUAUAUAUGUAUGUACGUAUGAUGGCCCCUUAUUAUCAUUGCCAUAGUCUUACUGAAUUGUCACCCUUUCAUCUGAAGGUUAAGUUGCUCCUUAACUGCUUUUAUUAUAACUAACACAAAGCGUACGUUGCACUUGUCAAGCAUUUAUUAGUCACAUAAAUAUAAAUAUGUGCGAAACAGAGAUUCAUAUACGUACACGUAUUUUAGGUGACAAGCAUUUAAAUAUAAAUUAUAUACGUGUCUUGACCCGAAUACCGAAAUGCACUUAGGUGGAUUUGUCUUUCAGUAUCAUUGAAAUCUCUAUCUUUGGCUAUAAGCAAAAGUUGUUUUAAAAAAAUGUUAAUUUGUCUGCGGGUCAACUUGGAAAUAAUAUAAAUUUAAAUACUUAAUAAACGUGAUAUUUACGAACAAUUAUGAUAGGAUUUAAAUAUUUUGACCUCUCUCCCUUCUUAUGAGUGCCUGACGAUUUUAGUUCAUAUUUUUAACAGUCACUAUUUUCUUUGUCCGGUCGUAAAUUAUCAGCGGCAUCUACAUAACUUAUAUACACAAUUUUGAUAAAUGUCGUUUAUUAUAUUAUUAUUGUUAAUAUUGUAGUUUAACUCGUUGAAACAUUGUUAAAUUUGUUCAACACUUUUUGACUUAGCAUUUUGUGUAGUAAUUGUAUUAAUAAAUGAAUAAAAUUAUAUAUUGUGCAUCUUAUAAAAGAAUAUUGUGUAUAUAUAUAAACAUUCAACAGCCAAAAUAUAUCAUCGAGUGGUAUUUCGUAUGUUUUAAAAGAGGAAUAGAAGAGUAUUAAGUGUACAGAUAUAU